CACUCUACCCCUGAGUUCCACGAGCCCCCUGACAACCUGACACCUGUCCCUCUAAAGUCCCCGACCUGAGAGAUUAGGAUAGGAUUGUUGGAGAGCCCGCGAGUGGGGGCGAGCGAGGUGGCCCCAACCGCCGUAGUACUGGCAUUGGGUGAUGGAGGGGAAGGGGAGCCGGUCACUUCGGGGCCUCAAACUCGGACCGGGUGCCCAUUCAGUAGGCCAUAGGUAGGGUGGCGGCCUGAGGAGGUUCGUCACGUGACCCGAGCUCUUGCCGUCUUCUCUCUCCCCCCCCCUCUCUAUACGGUUACUUUUCAUCUCUCUCCAUCUCCCCUCCCCCUCUACCUUUUAGAGAGAGAGAAUGCGUUUCGCCAUUUUUGAAAGUAGAGCCCUCCAUUUCUCUCUCACUCUAUCUCGCUCCUUCUGGUGGGUUUGCUUCAACGUCCCCGCUUCCGCCUCUUGAAUUCUUCCUUUGCCAGGGUUCACUCUACUCUACUCUACUCUCACUCCACACAGCUGCUAGCUUAAAAAGCUCCCUCUGUGUGCGCCUGUGUUUGUGACAAUCACCAUAAUAACAGUAGAAAUGGCAGAGUUUCUCCCGAACUUGGAUGACGGCGAGCUGUGGCUCCCCUCUGACAUCUUCCUCAACGACGUCGCAGCUACCCACUAUAGGAGGAGGCUCGGCCCUCGCCGCUUCUCUUCCUUGGACGAACUCUCCCGGAGCUUCUCCGCUUUCACCUUGCUCCCACCUCGCCCCUCCGCUGACAGUAUAACUGUACCACCCGCUCUCAGUCUUUCCCCGAAGUACUUUGAGAACUCUAUGCGCCCUACUCAGUACUGUACAGUGAUCACUUCCCCGGCAACAGGGCCGCUGGCCGCCGCGAUGACAACUUUCGGCGCUGCUCACCACAAGUACGACCGUAGUAAUUGCAUGCCGUUCGCUGUUGCUCCAAAGCUUCUCUACGACGAGUACCGUCUUCUGCAGCGAGCUCGGAUGCCACAGGUGGGGAGCCAUGUUGAAGCCCGGGCCGGGGUUUUGCCGGACCGGGUCAAGAACCAGCUGGCCAUAUCCUGUCCGGGACGGGGAGCGUCUCGGAGGGAGUGUGGAGGGACUGGCGUAUUCCUUCCUCGCGUUGGUGCGUAUACCUCAGCCUCCGAUUUUAGAAGGAAACGAGCAGGUACAAGGAAUACACUAGACAUUAAAAUUUCUGAGCAGAUGAACUCCAUCGUGACGGACGGUGUGGUCGCUAGGCAGGAGAAGGAACGGCACUACCAAGUUCCUCCUGAGAUGGCCUUGCCCCAUGAUUGGACGUACUGAUGAGCUACUACAUUGAACGGGCACGUGUCCUAAAAUCGCAGGAAAUAAUCAGGAUUCAGAGGAGAGUUAAUAAUCUUUUGGGCUUUUGGGAAGUGGGACUUGGAAAGGUAGUGAUAUAAUACUUGCAUCUCCUUAUGAAGUGUAUACAAGGUAUGUUUGUCUCAUGCAUUUCCGCCUUUUGUUGUUGUUUUGUCUAGUCGUAGUCCAUGCUUAGCUUUGUAAAUUGUAGGAAUAAUGUGGUGCUGACUGUCGGUUGGUUGUGUGGGGAAUUAGAAUGUUUGUCUUUGUAUAAUGCAGUUCACUAACCUUGAUCGAUCCUUCCCUUAAAAAUAGUUAUGUUAUGAUCUCUUUGCUGGCCCUACUGUUUGUUCAUUGCCUGUGAUAAUCUUUCCGAGAGAAUCCUCUCAGGUCUUAAAAAUGCCAAACUUCAUUGUCAUUUACUGCUCUGAUAGGCUUCCUGGCCUGCUUCUGCUUUACAUUCGAGACUUGUAAU